UAUGGCCAGUUGAAAGUCACCAAUUAUCACCAUUGUGUUAGCUACAUAUACGCAUUUAGUGGGGUUUAUAAUAUGCUUAAAUGCAUACAAAGGUACAUACACAUGUUAACAGAGGCUACUUCUGUCUCACUUUUUCUUACAAAGUCAAAGUUGGGGCACCGCAAUAGGACUGCCAAUGCCUAUAUUACGUUCUUAUGUUCCUACAAGAUAUUAAAUGGAUAUAACAGACAUUUAGGCCAUGCAAAAACAGACUAAGUAAUACAAAGCCAAAAGCCACACAGUUCUAAACAGUUGGGAAGCAAACACCAUCUACUGACAGGCGUGGAGUCUUUUCAAGGGUGGGGGAUGGUCUGGGUGUGGACAUGUCUGAACUCAGAACUCAGAAGAGCUGUUGGAAAAGUUUGGUUCUCUAAGAAGAUUAACAGAUUCUUUUCAAAAUGACACACGCAUAUAUAUCAAUGCAUUUAAGCAAACAACACCCUGUAAAACUACACCCCUGCAACAAUAAGCAAACAUACUGAUUUUGUGUGAAACAAUUAACACAUUUAGUCUAAAUAAGUAAAAUCAACAAGAAAAAAACUGUCAAGAAAACCAAGAUCUUGACGUUUUUUGUGAUUUAAAAGGUGGAUGAGUAUAGAUCUGGGUUCAAUUUAAGGAUGAGCUAUUUAAUAAUGAUAACACCUUUAAUAUAUCACUAUACAAAUGCACUCUAUCUGGAAUAGCUCCAUUGAGCUUAGGUCAGGAUCUCAGACAAAUGCUUAGUAAGUAUUCAUGAGUGAAUCAGUAAAUCAUGCACUGAUUGCGAAAAAAAAGUCCCAAUAAUCGCAAUUGCCUGUUUGUCUGCCCAAAAAAUACGAGGUCUACGUGCGAUACGUGUAAGCCACAGUUUUGACAUGAAUCAGGUUUAUCAACGUUUCUUUCAUCAUGCUUUGUCUUGUCCAAAUCUGGGUGGGUGUGUCUUUCAAUAUUGGAUGCGAGGGUCGCUGACUGCCCAGGUUUUAUCGCUUGAUUUGGCAUUUAACUGUCAAUUAUUGGGAAAAAAAACAUGAAGUUACGUGCAGAAGUUUGGUCGGGGGCCGGGCGCCUGCACCGCCUGGGGGUCUGGCCUUUGCCUCCUCUUCAAAGGGCCACAAAUGUUACCAGGCAGGACGGAGAGCUGAGGACGUGAGCUGCAGUCUGAUUGGUGGAGAAAUGCAGUGGGCGGGGCCUCGUGGCUUGGGUAUUUAACGCUUUGUUCCAUUGUUGCAGAGUGUAUUUUCCAGCUGGUCUGGCUCGUAAGAGGGGGGGACCCGCUGCAAGAGGAUACCAUUGUACUUUUUUUUGUCCGCUUACAUUCGGAUCUUAGUUUUUUAAAAUUCUUUUAAAGAUGUCUUUUUAUUGCGAUCAGUCUCUGGAUGGCAGCUUUCCUCCUUCCCCAGCGGAGGACCGGGGAUCCCAGCGGCUGUCCUGGGGCAGCCUGCUGCAGAGGCUGACCGAGCUGAAAGGGAUCAGGGUCACAGCAGAGCAGUGCUGCAGGAGUGAAACUGGGUCCCUGUCAGACUUGGACAGCAGCUUCCUCUGUUAUCCCCUGGAGGAGACGCUGGCAGCAGACAUUGUGGCCACUAUUGCACAAAGUCUCAACAAUGCAUCACACGUCUUGGACUGCUCCAAAAUCAUCCUACCAGACUGUCUGCUGCACAACAUCACUCAGGAGCUGCUCCACUUGGCUGUCAGUGAGCCUUGUGGCCUCAAAGGAGCGCUUAUCGACCUGUGUGUGGACUGGGGGGAGCAGGGCUCUCUAUGCACUGUGGACCAAAUCGCAGUGGAUCCCUCUCUGGUUCCAACCUUCCAUGUAACACUGGUUCUGAGACCUGAGUCCAAUGGGUUGUGGCCAAAGGUUCAAAAGCUCUUUACGAGUAACAAGUCCCCACAGACAUCUGCAACGCCUGCAAGGCAUCACAACACCCUGAAGCUGAGUACGAGCUUCAGGGCUAUCAAGAGGAAACUGUAUAGCUCAGGGGAGCUGUUGAUUGAGGAGUGCUGCUGACUAAGAUGAACUAAAUUCAUAUGAACUGUGAAAAGAGGCUGGUGGGAGAUACAUAGUUUUCUUUUGAAAUACACCAAUGUACUUGUCAAAUUACACUGACAAUAUGGUAGACAAACAACAAUCUUUGUUGGUAUGUUACAUGGUUAUUCCUGGAACCAACUUAUGUCUGAUGGCAGCUACUGACCUUGUUGCAGGUGACUUGACAAAGACUUGAGUUUGAACAAAGGUCUGUUUUACUAUGAAUGUAAAGUCACACCUUUAAGGGAAUGGCUUAUGUAUUUUAAAGUCAAACAUUACCACUUGCAACUUAUGUGCUUUGUACUUUUUAACAACUUGAAGAUGAAAGAAUAAAUUAUUUUCUAUUAA